UAUACUCAACUUUUCCUAUUCUUUCUGAUCAAAAUGACAAAAAAAGCUGUUUAUUUAUGAACAUAAUAUGUAAUUAUGUUUGAGUGCCAAAAUAUUUGUAGGUUAUGUCUCCGGGAUUCGAAUUUGGGUCCUAUAUUUCUUGAUAUGCAGCAUCAUGAGAGGUAUACUAAAGUGUUGUAUCUAACGACAGGUUUAAAAAUCGAACCAAAUGACUGUCUACCACAGAGUAUAUGUGAAAACUGUACUAAAUUAGUCAACUCUGCAUUAGACCUACGUAAUAGGAGUUAUUUAAGUGAAAUCAAGCUUAGAAAACAAAAAUAUAGUUUACACAAUGACGAAGAAUCACUUGCAAUUGACGCUGAAUCAUUUGAUAUUAAUUCAUCCAACGAUUAUAAUGAAAAUAACGGAUUAAAAGAAUUUAAUGUCGAAAUUGAAUUUGACAGAUUGACAGCAGAAAAAAAUGACGACACAAAUGAGGCUAAAGACCAGCAAGAACAGUUUAAAAUUAUCAAUGCGGAAGGCGGGAAAAUAUCACAGACUGAUGAGACUAAAGACCAACAAACGAUACAGCCUAAAUUUCAAAACGUAGAUGGAGAACUAUCAAAGAGUGAGAAGAAAGCUAUAUAUUUGAAUAUGGUAGACGGAGUAUUGGAUCGCAGUGGCCCUGUGAAAUGUAAAAUCUGCAAGAAGACACUACGAAAAUGGUCUUGUUUUUUAGGUCACGCGAAAUUGCAUUUGGGUUUCAAAUUUGUGUGCGAAUAUUGCGGCAAAAGUUUCGUCUCCACAACGCAGCUGAAAAGGCACUGCCGAUCCUACCACGGUAUGCGGCGAGAGCUGGCCUGCAAACAUUGCGGCUAUCUCGCUCUGGACAACGUGCAACUAGUGCUUCACGAGAGGCGAGUACACACCGGCGAGCGACCGUUCGUAUGUGACACGUGCGGGGCGUCUUACCACAGCAGGCGCUGCCUCGUCCAACACAUCGAGACCCACAGAGAUAUAGGGACUAUACAUUGCACAGAAUGUAAUAAGAUGUUCAAAUCCCGCCGCCAUCUUGCCCGGCACCGAUACUCCGCGCAUGCGCGCUCUCGAACAGCUUGUCCACACUGCGGCCGGCUCUACAACCGGAAAUAUUUACGCACCCACAUCACUAAACAACACCCCGAUUUGUUAACUGACCACAGAUAAGCUAGCUUUUACCAUCGCGCCAUAGACAAAUAAUUCAUUCUCACACUAAUCAUCCUACCAUAGACAAAAAAUUCAUCCUCACAUCAUGGAACCUAAUUA